UUCCUUUUUUCUUACCCCACGACGUCACAAGAGUAUAAUAAAUGGUAGCCAACUUCUAGUACUUCGCGAACUUGCACCACGUAAAAGCGUCGGUCGUGACGUCAUGUCUGCUUCCGGGGGAGGAUACGCUUCGAGAAUCGCUGUUUACAAGAAGCUUUAGUAAGUAACUUUAUAGUUCAUAUGCAGAAUAGACGCCGGGUUGGAGAGAGUAGGAAAAAAAUGUACGAAAUCCCACCAUCUGUUGAUUGGUAUUUACGAGUUAGUUCAAAAUCUAGAAUUCAUUAUCCAGCAGUGUACGAGGAGUCUUCAAAUUUAGGAGGUUCUGAAAGCAGCUACAGUUCGUCGAAGGAUAAGGAAAAAUCUCCCAAACAACCUGCACAAAGUGGUUUGAAUUCACCGGAGUUAGAGAGAAGGUAUUCGCCGAGUGAUCUCACCAGGAAAAGAAAGUUUGAAGAGUUUGAAGAUGAUUUGGGAAGAAAACGUCCAAAAAAACUUGACCAACUUAACUCAAUCAAUUGUCAGGCAAGAACUUAUCCUCAUCGCAAUCUAGAGUCAUGCCUCAGCAGGCCGACCACAGAACUAAAAUCUAUAAUAAGUUUACAACAACAAAGGGCUAUAACACAAGAACAGCCCAGAGGACAAAAUAAAGAAGACUUUCAAAAAAUACAAGAGCUAGUGAAAAAGUUCCCCGAAAUAAGACCCAAAACAAAUGAAGAGUCAAAUCUAGUUUACAAACCCCAUAAUAACAGUACAAGAAAAAACCCCUGGGGAGGAGAAUCGUAUUCUGAUCUUAUCGCAAGCGCAAUACGUUCGUUUCCCAAUAACAGAGCAACGCUACAGCAGAUUUAUGAAUGGAUUGUAGGGAACGUACCUCAUUUUGCUGAUAAAGCUGAUUAUCCGUCAACGAAAGGAUGGAAGAAUGCCAUUCGCCACACGCUGUCGAUAAGAAAACGCUUCACACGGAUCAUCAACGACACUAGUCCUCACUCCUCUCUUUGGACCUUCUCAAAAUACUCUUACAAAACUACAAAAUAUUGACGACGAGUUUUCAUCGUAUCCUAAAUACAGAGUUACUGAGUCAAGUUAGUUAUAUUUUAGGUAACAUUUGAAUUUAGGGAAACAUUCUAGCAAUUAAUUUAUUCUUUAAGGGGAAAUUUUUUUCAAUAAUGAGCAAUAAUGGCAACAAGCGCCAAAAACUAGACUUUCGUAUGAGUUUGGAUCCCAAUUUUCGUUUUGGGUUAACACUCAUCAAAACCUUUUUUAAACAGUUAGAAACUGAUGUACUAUGAUAAAAUGCCUGUAAGCGGUAUUUUCAAUUGUACAAAGAUGUUUUGUUGCAUUUGURUUAGAAUCUUGCUUUGUUAGGCUUUUUUGUAGAAAAUAUAUGGGAAAUAAGCAAAUGAAGGCCUAAACCUCAUUUUCGAAUAAAAUUUUUGCUUAGUGGGUUAACACUUUGAUUCCACUUUCAUCGGU